ACCAAGUAUGUCUGGACUUCACCUAGUGAAGCAGGGCAGAGAUCGCAGGCGUAUGGACCUACAGAGAGACUUCACAGUUGCCUCACCAGCAGAGUUUGUCAAACGAUUUGGUGGAAACAAGGUUAUUGAGAAGGUUCUCAUUGCCAACAAUGGCAUUGCUGCUGUCAAAUGUAUGCGCUCCAUACGACGAUGGGCCUAUGAGAUGUUUCGGAAUGAAAGGGCGAUUCGUUUUGUUGUCAUGGUGACGCCCGAAGACCUAAAAGCCAAUGCAG